AUGGGACGUGGAGCUGCUUCUGGAAACAAGUUCCGCAUGACCUUGGGUCUCCCCGUCGGUGCCGUCAUGAACUGCGCUGAUAACUCUGGUGCCAAGAACUUAUACGUUAUCUCCGUCAAGGGUAUUCACGGUCGCCUCAACAAGUUGCCCGCUGGAGGUGUUGGCGAUAUGGUCAUGGCCACCGUCAAGAAGGGAAAGCCCGAGUUGAGAAAGAAGGUUAUGCCCGCUGUCAUUAUCCGUCAGCGCAAGGCCUGGCGCCGUCGCGACGGUGUCUUCAUCUACUUUGAGGACAACGCCGGUGUCAUUGUCAACCCCAAGGGAGAGAUGAAGGGAUCGGCCAUCACCGGACCCGUCGGUAAGGAGUGCGCCGAUUUGUGGCCCCGUAUUGCCUCCUGCGCCGGUACCGUCGUCUAA